AUGUUUGUAAAGACUUCUUUUACCCUAAUUAUUUUAUUAACUACUAACUAUAUUUAGAUAACUCAUUAGAAUUGCUCGAGCAUAAAUUAAAAAAUUUAAUAAUCCAUUAUUAGAGGAAAUUAUUAAAAUGUAUUAAAUUAAAAUUGGGGAAAUUUAAUCUCAUCAAAAAAUAUGAAUUGGUUAUGUGGAGGUAAUGAUGGAAAUUGUUUAAGAAAUGCAAUUUUAUAUUAGGUAAAAAUUGUGGUUACAUAUAUUGCGAUAUAGGGUAUUCCAUAUAAUUAGAUUUGAUGCAAAAAUAUGAAUUAAAUACUUUAAAAAUCUGGUUGUGGGAUGGAGAUUAUAGAUUUUCUACAAUAAAAGUGUUUAUAAAAUUAGAAAAUACUGAAACAUUGAUUUAUGAUAGUAAUUUAGCAUAAAGCAUAGUAACAAUUACAUUUCCAGAUUAAAUAGUUGGAUCCUUUAGAAUAUAUAAUACUGCAGGCAAUACAAGAAAUACAGGAUUAUAUUUAAUAAAAGUUGAAGCUUAUUAUAAAUUUUAAUGA